AUCUAAAUUAACUGGCGCACUGUUUCUCACAACAUAAGCCUUGGGGCUGCUAAGUGCUUACAGUAAACUAGGCGCGAUAUCUCAGGAGAGCGGUACUGAUACAAUUGAGCACAUAAUUAUCUCAGGACUGGCAGGAUUACACGUUUAUGUCAUGGCGCCAACUUCGAACUCGGCGACGCCCCCAAGACGACAGUCGUGCAAUCGAUGCCAUGGCCAGAAGCUUCGUUGCACACGAGUUAACAAACGCGAGACAAGCGCAUGCAAUAGGUGCAUCCGCCAAGGGGCGCAGUGUCUGUAUAGCUCAAGCUUGCCCAAAGGUCGCCCUAGCAUGUACCGCUUGGCUGAUGAAUCGAUUGCGGCUUCGAGUCCUCAACCAAUGCCUCCCAUGCCUAUAACGCCAGUCUCUCCAGUGAUGCAGGGCAAACUUCCAAGAGAACCUCUUCCUUCUGCCAAUUCCAAUACCAACGCCAAUACCGAAGCCGAUGAAAAAGCUGACAUACAUGUCAAUGCGAACCCAAAUGCCAGUACUAGUACCAAUGCCAAUGUCAAUACCAAUAACAAUUACAAUUCAAAUACAAGCGUCGAUGUGAAUGACGACACAAUAAUGUUUGGGCCCAUGGACGCCUCUACUUGCCCAUGGUUAGCUCCUUUAAACUGGAACGAUAUGCUGAUAGAUGGGAGCCACCAGAAUUCAAACCUGCACAGCAUUGUUGACCCCCAAACUGAUCCCGGAGCAGUAGUCUGGGAUGAUGUCCCGAAUUUCGUUCAGUCGAUUUCUUCGCCAAACAGCGAAGUGAGCAGUAGCGCGCGAGGAAGGCCUCUGUCACCAACUCGUCGCCUCAAUGAGCAUGACCACUAUUCUGGAAAUGGUGGCUUUGAUAUAAACAGCAACAGCAGCAUAGAAAUUGACAGAAACGGCCCUGAAUUUGGUAUCGCGCAGCUGUCCCAGCUAAGCUCGCGACUCUACCCGUUGUAUCGCUCAAGCUGCAACUUGGCCGAAGCAGUGGCGUCAUCAUGCCAAUCAAGGGACCGCAACUAUUCACGCCAAAGCCCGCUCAUAGAUGAUGUCGCCUUCAAAUCGGUGACCGCCUGGCUCGUCGAUGUUUCCGCAAAUAUGAAUUUCUCAUCUCAGGACAGUCUUCAGAGCCCAUCGCCAGAAACGACGACAAUGGGUAAUAUCCUACACAACGCAUUCUCCGCCUCCCACCGCCUCCUUGAAAUUCUACGAGGCAUAAAAGUCGACAUACAAAAUGGCAUCUCCUACAAUAGUUUCACAGUCUCCACGUCCACUACAGCGUCUACUGAACGAGUUGGUAACAGAGACUUCUGGGAAAGCAGCACCCCGCAAUCCAUGGAAUCGACAACUAGCGAAAACCUCCCAUGCUUCGAGCUCAACAAUGGGCUAUCGAACCACGUACGCCGACCGAGCCAGUGCUGUAGCACCGUCGUCCGCCAUCUUGUUAUCGCAUGCAACACACUCCUCCUAAAUAUCCAUGCUGCAGUACUCAUCGUCCUACAGCACGACGUGGAUCUGAGGAGUUCCUCCCUGCCUCAUAAAUACGUUGAAGCCAACGCUGAUAUGGACGUAGCGGCACUAGCUGAUAUCAGGCUGGUCUUGGUUCUGAGGCUCUGCUCGUACCUAAUCAAACGCCAACAUCAAGCCGUUGCUUUAUACUUGUCGCCCCAUCUUCUGCCGGUGUCAUCACAAGAAAACGGCCCUUUCAUUUUUGACCAGCCGGGUAUAGAUGCCAAUAGAGAGGCGAUGAGUGAUUUGGAGAUCGAGGUUCAGCAGCGGCUGGAGAGACUUCGACAAACGCUGCACAUUUGA